AUGGCUUCUGCGGUCAACAGCAAAACCCACGCGCCCGGGGCUGGCCCGGGCUCCAACGCUGACGCCCCCGGGGGCGCCUGCUGGGGAAUGGACUGCGACCCCGAGAUGCACGUGAAAAUGUGCAAGAAGAUCGCCCAGCUCACCAAGGUGAUCUACGCCCUGAACACCCGCCAGGACGAGGCCGAGGCCGGCAUGGAGGCGCUGCGGGAAGCCCACCAGGCGGAGCUCCGCCAGGCGGUGGCGGACGCCGAGGCCCGGCUGCUGCAGGAGCAGGGCCGCGCGGAGGAGGAGGCGCUGCGGCAGCGCGUGCGGGCGCUGGAGGGCGCCCUGGAGCUGCAGCGGCGGCUGACGCAGGAGGCGCUGGCGCAGUCGGCCUCGUGCCGGCUGGAGACCAAGGAGCGGGAGCUGCGCGCGGAGGCCGAGCACGCCGAGCGGGUGCUCUCCCUGUCCAAGGAGAUGCUGGAGCUCAAGGCCGACUACGAGAAGCGGCUGCGGCGCCUGGUGAGCCAGGAGGCGCCCCCGUGGGGCCGGCUCCCGCAGGAGGGCCCUGACCCCAAGGCGGAGCCCGGCUCCGGGCCCGAGAUGCGGGAGGUGCUGCUGGAGGUGGAGCGGCUGCGGGGGGAGAACCAGCAGCUGAGCAAGGACUACGCCCGCAAGGCCGAGGAGCUGCAGGCCACCUACGAGCGGGAGAACGAGGCCAUCCGGCAGGCCAUGCAGCAGUCGGUGAGCGAGGCCCUGUGGCAGUGGCAGGAGAAGGAGACCGACCUGCGCAAGAACUUCCAGGUGCAGGAGUCGGCCCUGCAGGCCCAGGUCAGGAAGCUGGAAGGGGACCUGGAGCACAGAGGCCGCAAGAUCAGUGACCUGAAGAAGUACGCCCAGAAGCUGAAGGAAAGGAUUCAGGACCUGGAUGUGCAGCUCAAGGAGGCUCGACAGGAGAACUCUGAGUUGAAAAGCACUGCAAAGAAACUUGGGGAGAAGCUGGCCGUGGCCAAAGACAGACUAAUACUGCAGGAGUGCCACGUGGCACAGAAAACAGAUGACGUGAAGACAGAGCGCAUUUCGGAGAAUGAAGUCUUAGGGAAAGCCGACGACGUGGAAGCCCGCAGUCCCCGUCCUCAGCAGGAUCAGAACCUUCCCAAGGAGUGUCCGUGUACGAAAGGAGGCACAGAUACGCAGACCGAGAAAGAGGCGGGUGUGGAGACGGAAUACCUGAAGCAACAGUACGAACAGGACCUUCGUAAACUCAAACAGCAGACGGAGGAGGAGAAGCAGCAUCUGAAGGAGCAGCUGGUGCGGCGCCUGGAGGACCUGGUGAAGACGCACAAGGCGGAAAUCAAGUCGGUGCGCUCGUCCGCGGAGGCCGACAGGAAGCGGCUGCGGAUGGAAGUAGAAGAACAGUUGGAAGAAGUGAAGAAGAAAUCAGAAAAUGAAAUAAAGCAGCUAGAAGAAGAGAAAGCGGCCCUAAAUGUGAAGCUCCAGAAUUCUCUGCUCCAGGUCUUAAGGCUGGAAGAAUUCAUCCAACAGAAUAAGGGAUGUCCCCGGAGAGGCGAGGACGGGCCCCCGGAGCCGGACUUCCCGCCGCGCGGGGACUUGGAGACCCAGGCCACAGAAGAGCUCUUGGAAAAGGAAUCCGGCCACGGCCUCCAGAUCCAGCAGCAGGCACUCCAGCUGGAGCGCCAGGCCUUGGAGGAGAAGGUCCGACAAGAGGUCCAGGGGGAGCAGGCGAGGAUGCAGGCUCAGCAGGCUCUGCUACUAGAGUCCCUCAGGCAGGAGCUGUGGGAGCAGAAGGCCGCCUGCUCUGAGCACCAGAAGGACUUGGAGGCCUUGCAGGCCGAGCUGAGGGCCCUGGGCAGCUCUGACAGGCGGCAGCCCAUCACCCCGUGUGCAGGGGACAGCGAGGGCCACGCCAGCACCACAGAGGGUGGGGACGGCGCGGGCCCCGCAGGCUCCCCGAAGGGCACCGCUGAGCAGACUCCCAGCGAGGGGUGCCUCCUCUGGGAGAACUCCCAGCUCAAGGACACGGUGCGGCAGCUGCGGGCCGAGGUGGAACAGCACCAGCAGGAGGCGCUGCAGCUCCGCGACCAGCGCAGGCAGCUGGAGGAGGACCAGCAAGCCCAGCAGGCCCGGGAGGUGGAGAUGCUACGCCAGGAACAUCGGAAGGAGAUGCAGGCCAUGGUGGCCGACUUCAGCAGCGCUCAAGCCCGGCUCCAGGCCCAGCUGGCUGCCCUGGAAACCGAACUGAAGGGUUCUGGAGAGAAGCCAGGGAAGGGGGCGUCCAGGCCGGAGGACGUGCAGCUCAUAGGCCGCCUGCAGACCCGCUUGAAGGAGAGAGAGGAGAUCAUCAAGCAGCUCACGGAGGAGAGGAGAUUUCACUACGCAGCGUUCCCCAGCGCCAUGUCCCAUCGGAAUCGGUCCUUCUCCUUCAACCCGCACCCAGGGUAUUUGACCCCUUCCAUGAAGAAAAAGAAGAUGGAGGACGUGCCCAGCCGAGUGGUCAGCGUGCCCAACCUCGCCUCCUAUGCAAAGAACUUUCUGAGCGGUGACCUGAGCUCCAGGAUCAACGCCCCGCCAAUCACUAAGUCCCCCAGCUUGGACCCAAGCCCCGGGGGUGGCCGGCCUUACAAGCCCACCCAAUCUCUAGAUGUGAAAGCGGCCACCAGGACACAAGAUGGUGAAACAGCCCAACCCAAAGAGGUGCAGCAGAGACAGGGCUCUGCCCACCAGGAAUGGUUCACCAAGUACUUUUCUUUCUAAAGUGAUCCUCGGGGUCCAUCACAGAAAGGACAUUUGAAAAACAUUUAUUUUAGAACAUCUGACGGAGGGAAUGAACUACAAAACCAAUCAACCAAAUAACCUGCUUUGUAAUAUGAUUUGCAUCCAAUAGCUAAAUGAAUUUCGGCACUGACAUUUCAUAAUGUUUCAUUGUGGCACCGUUCAUGACAAAUCCUUGACGUUAGGGUAAAAGGAACCCGUGUUACCUGAAAACAGCAUAGGAAAAUGUUGUUAAUGUUACUGAUGACAUUGCCUGUAGUAUUUUGUGCCCAUAGAUUGCGCUCCGCUUUGUGGUUUCCGCAGUCUACUUUUAAAGGGAUUUCAUUUUCCAGGAUGCAACUCAAAUCCACUUGAAAAGUGUUUCUAUGUCAGUGAUAUAAUUUAAGAUGCACAUCUAAUCUCAUUAAGAAGAGGAAUAAAACAAAGUUCCGAAUAACCAGGAAAGCCGAUUUAAACACAAAACAAGCAAAUUGAAGCUACUAGGACCGAACAGCCAAAGACCUUGACACUUGGACUUCCUAAUUCUGGACAUGAAGUAGCUAAUAGAGGGGAUAACACCUACCUCAAAAUGGGGCUUUAUGAGGAUUAAGCAACAUAUGGCAAUGAUCCCAAUCACACAUUCGAAUUAAGCACUGCCAGGAUUUGUGGAUAACUGAGCCCCGCCCCGCCAUACCUCUGUUUCAAUCUGCAAUGUCAACUUGGCCAUUUGUGAAGGUUUCUAGAUUAUCCUUUCAAGUCAAAGAUCAGUAGACUUA